AUGGCAGACAAAAAGAAUCUUCUGUUGCUAUUCGAUCGUCCCCAAGAACCCGUGUUCAUGGAAAAGGGCGAAACGAAUUCCAGUUCGGUGUUUGAUGUCCCAGACAACUAUCUAACCGAUAGAUAUCGUCCGAUUGGUGCUGAUCUGACAAAUCGUUUCGGCGAACCAGCCAACAGUCGCAUCCCCGUACGCAACAUCACUUUGCCCAGUUUAAGAGUACCCAUGGAACUUGGACGGCACGAACAGUUUUCUCUGUUUAUUCCAAAGCAUCGCCGGAUUGCCGGCACCUUGAUUGAUAUAUUCAUUGGAAUGCGAGAUGUUGACGAUUUGCAAUCGAUGGCCGUGUUUGCCAGAGACCGUUUGAAUCCGUAUUUGUUCAACUAUGCUCUGUCUGUGGCACUGCUGCAUCGGCCGGAUACCAAGGACUUGACGUUGCCGCUGUUCGUUGAAACAUUCCCCGACAAGUAUGUGGAUUCGAAAGUGUUUGCGAAAAUUCGUGAAGAGGCUAGUGUCGUUCCUGACGGAUCCAGAAUGCCGAUUGUGAUUCCUAGGGAUUACACUGCAUCCGAUUUGGAGGAUGAACAUAGACUUUGGUACUUCCGCGAAGAUCUUGGCAUUAACUUGCAUCAUUGGCACUGGCAUUUGGUGUAUCCGUUCGAGGCGUCGAACAGAGCGUUGGUUGCCAAAGAUCGACGAGGCGAAUUGUUUUACUACAUGCAUCAACAGAUCAUUGCCCGUUACAAUUUCGAAAGAUUCAGCAACCAAUUGCCGCGAGUCAAACGGUUCAACAAUUUGAGAGAACCAAUUGCAGAGGCCUAUUUCCCAAAAAUGGACUCACUUGUAGCUAGCCGAGCCUGGCCGGCUCGUGUAGCCAAUACAACAUUGAAGGAUUUGGAUCGUGAAUUGGAUCAAAUUAAAAAUGACGUUGCCGAUUUGGAAAGAUGGAGAGAUCGGUUCUACGAAGCCAUUCAUCAAGGAUUCGUAAUCAAUACACAAAACGAACGCGUUCCCUUGGACGAACGAACUGGUAUCGACACCUUGGGAAAUAUGAUGGAAUCAUCAAUCCUUUCACCGAAUCGUCAGUUGUACGGUGAUUUACACAACAUGGGGCAUGUGUUCAUCUCGUAUUCGCACGAUCCAGACCAUCGACACUUGGAAUCGUUCGGUGUGAUGGGCGAUUCUGCUACAGCAAUGAGAGAUCCCAUCUUUUACAGAUGGCACGCAUACGUCGACGAUAUAUUCCAGGAGCAUAAGGAAUCAUUGACCCCGUAUACCACGACACAAUUAGACUACCCUGGCGUUCAGAUUACUGGUGUUACAGUUCAAAAUGAAUCGGGUGAAACGGGCAAUUUCCAAACCUUCUGGCAACAAUCCGAUGUGGACUUCUCACGUGGUAUGGAUUUCGUACCACGAGGAAGCGUUUUCGCUAGAUUCACCCAUUUACAGCACACUCCAUUCACCUAUCGCAUCCAAGUGAACAGCUCAUCGAGCGCUCAGGUAUUUGGAACGUGUAGAAUCUUCCUAGCUCCUAAAUUCGAUGAAAGGGGCCAGGCUAUGUUGUUCCGAGAUCAGCGUCUUCUGAUGACAGAGAUGGAUAAGUUCACUGUUGCCUUGAAUCCCGGUCCAAACACCAUACCCAGACGAUCGACCGACUCAUCCGUUACCAUUCCGUUUGAGCGCACCUUCCGCAAUUUGGAUCAAAGUCGUCCAAACGCAGGCACAACCGAGGAGGCAGAAUUCAACUUCUGUGGAUGUGGCUGGCCGCAGCAUAUGUUGGUACCGAAAGGAUUACCGGGUGGACUGCAAUGCGAGCUAUUCGUAAUGAUUUCGGAUUAUGAACAGGAUCGAGUUGAUCAAGACUUUGUUGGCAUAUGCAAUGAUGCAGCCUCAUUUUGCGGAGUCCGUGAUCGUCUCUAUCCAGACCAACGUCCAAUGGGAUUUCCGUUUGAUCGUCUGCCCCGUGCAGGAACUGAUAGAAUGUCGAACUUUAUCACAACGAACAUGCAUUUGAGCGACUGUAUGAUUUCGCACACUAAUCAAGUUCGUCAACGUCAAUGAUUUGGUGCUGAGCAAUUUGGAUUCGGAUCGAAUGAACACGGCGACAGUACAACUGACUACCUCACAAUUUACUUACUUUACUAACAAAUGUUUUAAAUCAAUGUUUCCUACUUCUAAUCAAAUAAAUAUUCAAAUUAUUGCGCAACCGCAC